AUGACGGUGGAUCAGAAGUUUGAGGUUCGUCAUGUCUCCCACUGGGUCUCAAGUCCAACCUGGGCACGGUCUCCAUACCGGACAAUGGAGGCCUAUAAUCUCACCAAGAGGCGCCGCUACAAGACCCUUUUCGCGGUGCCUAUGACCUGCGAAGGCUGCGUCAAGGAUGUUUCAGACUCGCUCUACAAGGUCGAUGGCAUUUCCAAGGUUGAAGCAAAUUUGAAGGAACAGAUGGUCAGAGUUGAAGGCACAGCACCACCAUCAGCUAUUGUCGCGACGAUCGAGGCGACUGGUAGGGAUGCGAUCCUGAGAGGGUCGGGAACAUCAAACAGCUCGGCAGUCAGCAUACUUGAGACAUACGCCCAGCUCAAGGAGGAGCGAGACCAGGUGCCCGACCAUCAGAAGAACAGAGAAGUGAGAGGCCUCGCGCGUAUGGUCGAGGUGUCCAAGACGGUGACGCUUGUGGACCUGACAAUACGCGGCGUCGAGCCGGGUACCUAUCGGGCCACCAUCCGCGAAUAUGGCAACCUGGCGGAAGGCGCAUCCUCAACAGGGCCAGUCUGGAAGGGUGACCUUGCCGGUCAGUCGGAUCAGAAGAGCCAAGUGAGAGGAGAGCUUGGUAAUGUGGAAAUUGGGCCAGGCGGUCGGGGCAGCAUAUUCCUCGACCGGCCAUUCCAGGUAUGGGAGGUUAUAGGGCAUGCUUUUGUCGUGUCUCGCCAAGGUGAGACAGAUGGCAAACCGCUGGAGAACGACGACAACACUGUUGUUGGUGUGAUUGCGCGGAGUGCUGGAAUGUGGGACAACGACAAAACUGUAUGCUCUUGCACCGGCAAGACGCUGUGGGAGGAGAGAAAGGACGAGGUCAGGAACGGCAUGCUGUGA